AUGUGGCUGAUCCUCUUGGCGCUGCUCUGUCUAGCCGAGCCGGGGGCCAGCGGGUCCUUCCGCGGGAGCGACACCUUCUGCUACAUGGAGGCGGCGGGCACCGCGGGCACCGGCUACCUGAGCUUCCUCAGCCGGCGCUCGGGCGCCCUGGCCCUGGUCCAGAGCGCCUGGGACGGGGCUGGGCACCUGCUCGCCUGCUCCAUCCAGGAGGAGGCCUGGCUCACGCGCCUGUACCAGGAGUCCUGUGCCAAGCGCCCGCAGAGCAGCCUCUUUGCCAGCCCCUGGAGCCCGGCGCGCCAGCAAGCCCUGGACAGCCUGGCCCAGCAGAUCAACGUCUGCAGCAGGGCUGAGCCCCUGGCGGCUGGCGGGGCCCGGGUGAGGAGAGCGCCCGUGGGCAAGCGGGCGGGACUGGCCCUGGAGGAGCGUGGGCGCAGGAGGACCCGGCGGGGCUGGACCAUGCCAGGGACGCUGUGGUGUGGAGCUGGGGACUCUGCAGGGAGCCUCACCGAGCUAGGAAUCUUCCAGGGCCCAGACUUGUGCUGCCGGGAACACGACCAAUGUGCAGAGCAGCUCUCUGCCCUGGAGUACAACUACGGCAUGCGGAACUACCGCCUGCACACCAUCUCGCACUGUGACUGCGAUGCCAGGUUCAGGCAGUGCCUGCUGGAGCAGAACGACACCAUCUCCAACAUCGUUGGCAUCACCUUCUUCAACCUGCUGGAGGUCCCGUGCUUCGUGCUGGAGCAGAGCGAAGCAUGCGUGGACUGGCACUGGUGGGGAGGGUGUAAGCACUACGGCCCGUAGCCCUGGCCCGGAUGGUGCCAGCAAAGCCAGUACCACUACGGCCUGCCCCAGGGGGAGACGGCCAGCUGCACGCGCCCCCCGGGCAAGGGCAAGAAGCAUGCCAGACGGGGCAGGAAGCAUCAGAGAAAGAACAGGAAGAGGCUUGGGCUGGACAAUGUGGCCCAGGAGUCCCAGAGCCCCAGAGAAGAUCAAAGACCUGUCAUGCCCCCUCUGCCCAGGAGCCUAGGCACGCUGCCCUCUGCCCCUGUUGAGGAUGGGGCCACCACCCCACACAGGCGUCCAGACCUGGGGGGGCAGGAGCCACCACUCCUUACACUGAGGGCCUCAGAGCAGGGCCCCAUGCCAGGGGGGCCUGGAACGGAGGAGGCAGGGCAGCCCCAGGACAGGGAUUCAGCACGCCCCUGCCCCAAGGACUAACUCGCCACCACCCUAGCCUCGGAGCCAUGCUGCACUCCCACACCGCACCCGCCCAAGCUGAGCCGCCAGGCCCCAGCAAGGAGCUGCGGAUGCUACCGGCGCCUUGACCAGUGUGAGCACAAGAUCGCACCCCAUGAACUCAAGUACCAGUGCUGCAACCCGGACUCCCGCACUCUGUUCCACUGCAACUGCACCCUCAGGCUGGCACGGUUCCUGCGCAGGAUGAAGGGCCCCAAUGAGGUGGAGGAGGAGGUGCUGUCCGACUUCAUCUCCACGGCCUGCUUCGUGCUGGAGCCGCCCAGGGGCUGCGCCGACGGGGAGCAGCAGCCCAACUGCAUCGGGUUGGGGCCAGGCCAUCCUGGCGCCUGCGCGGCCCUGAAGAACACACUGGGGCGGUGGCAGGUGCAGCCCGCAGCCUCCGUCAAGGUCAAGCGGCAGGAGUGGGACGUGCAGGGCAGCCCCCCCAGACUCUACGACAAGUGUCUCCAGCUGGCCAGGGCAGCUCGGAGGUCAGACCAUCACCCAGUGCCCCACUGA